AUGACUCUGGUUCAGAACAACCAACUGAUUCUCAUUUACUACACCACAACACCGGCACCAGCAUCAGCACCAGCCUCAGCCUCAGCCUCAGCCUCAGCCUCAGUAUCAGUAUCAGUAUCAGUAUCAGUAUCAACAUCAGCAUCGGCACCAGCACCAGCACCAGCACCAGCACUAUCAACAGUAACAACAUCUGUCACGAACCUAUGCUUAUUCAGAGUCAAGAUGACCUUCUUAAGCGUGGCAGGACAGAACAAGGGGGAGGAGAUGCAGUUUGGGAAACAGGUGGCAGAUCGUGCCUUAUAUAGACAGCAGUCCAAGAAGGUUGUACGAAUCAACCGCAGCAUCCUUGCGCGCUCAAGAUCAAAGAACACAUUGGUGUACAUUGAUGCCCAUGGUCUUUGCGGCAAGAUUUACGGUAUGCGUGCAAUCCAAGACAUUUACGGGGCAUCCACAACCCUGGGCAAGAUCUGUCUGCCAUCGAACAAGUUUGAGAUGGACGAGUUCCUGUCAGGCCCUUCCUUGCUGACUCUGUUCCGGUACAAGGUUCAUAUGGUAGAGUUUGCGGAGGAGAUCUUACUGCAGAGAGCACUGGAUAGAGUGCAUACUCCUUCUAGCUCACCUUCGCUGCAACUGACAACCCCGAGUCUUUUCACGCCUACGAAAAAGAGAGCGUUGGCAACCAAGGUCAAAAGUUCCACAGUUCCUGACUAG